AUGAAUCAUUUUAUGAUUUUGAUGUUUGUUAUUGGGAUGUUUUUUGGGAUGAAUGUAGUAGCAUUUGAUAUGUUCCCAUGUCCGUAUAACGAAAUAAUAAUUGAGAACAGUCUUGGUCCCGGUCGCGUUCUCCAGUACCAUUGUUUCUCCCGAGACGACAAUAUAGCCGUCGCAAAUUUACAAUUCAAAGAGACGAAAAGUAUCAAAUUCGGGGACAAGAUAACUAAAAGGACAAUAUGGAAGUGUCGUUUGAAACAUGGGUUGAACAUGCGAUAUAGUAGUCCAGAAUUUAUAGCAUACAGGAUGGGCAGUGUUCGUCGAUGUGGUCAGACGCGUUACUACUAUGCCAAAACCGAUGGAAUUUACCUAAACAAGAAUCAAAGUCGUCCACCGCCAAUAUUCAAACAUGCAUGGAAUAAAACUAAAUAA